UUUACAACCGCCUUUAAAAACCUAAAAAGAAGAAGAAGAAGAAGAGGGAGAAGUGUUUUUACUUUCACUUUGCCACGUCGUGUCGCAGCAAGAAUUAUUUCAGUGGACUGUUAAACCCAGCAGCUGGUCUCCAGCUCACUGAGCGACAUCAUGGGCGGUGAACAGUCUGCAUCACCUCCACGACCUUCACCAUUCCUGACGCUGCUAAGAAGAUUGGAAAGACGUCGAGAUCUGGAUGACGACCUUCUACAUUUUCUGCUAAGAAGAUUGGAAAGACGUCGACUUCUGGAUGACGACCUUCUACAUUCUCUGCUAAGAAGAUUGGAAAGACGUCGACCAUCACCUCCACGACCUUCACCAUUCCUGAUGCUUAAACAUUGGACAAGAAGAAGCAGCCUUGAUUUCCUGCCACCCAACAUGUCUGAGCUGAGGGUUGUUCUGCUGGGGAACAGCUGGUCUGAGAGGAGUUCAGUGGUGAACUUCAUACUGGGAGAGACUGAGUUCAACACUGAGGAAGAACCAGACUGCUGUCAGAGAGUCAGAGGACCAUUGAAGGAGAAAGAAAUGGUUCUCAUCAACACCCCAGAUCUGCUUCAUUACAACAUCUCUGAACACAAACUGACUGAACAUGUGAGAAACUGUGUGAAACUCUCUGAUCCUGGACCUCAUGUGUUCCUGCUGGUUCUACAGCCUGAAGACUUCACUGAGGAACAGAAACUGAGGCUCUGCAGAGUCCUGAAACUCUUCAGUGAUCAAUCAUUUGAUCAUUCACUGGUUCUGAUAUCAACACCCAGAGAGGAGAGUUCAGUUUCCAUUGAAAACUAUAUGCAACAUCCACCAUUAGGAGACUUUAUCACAAAAUGUAGAUCCAGGUUGUUGUGGCACAAGAACCUUGAACAUCAACAGCUGUUAACACAUCUGGAUCGAGUGGUGAAGGGGAACAAUGGAGAUCAUGUGAGCUGUGAUGUUUUCAAAGAUGCACCAUCAGUCUCAUCGAGGGGUCAUCAAGGAGAAGGAGUCAGUGUCAAGCUGGAUCCUGCUGAAGCUCCAGGUCCAGGAUAUUCCAUGUCAGGUUCACUGUAUUCAACAGGAAACUAUUUCCCCAGCUUGAUGAAAUCUUGGUCUACAUCACAGACUCCUUCAUCAGUCCAAAGCACAAGCCACCAGUUGUCUGAACUCAGGAUUGUUCUGGUGGGAAAAAGUGACGACAGAAAGUCAAAGCUGUGUGACAUCAUCCUAAAGAAUCAGAGUUCUCGUCUCCAAAAACAACGUGAGGUCAUCAGUGGAGAGUGGAGAGGAAAACCAUUAACAGUGGUGAAAGCUCCAGACAUGUUCAGUCUGUCUGAGGAAGCAGUGAUAGAAGAGGUGAAGAAGUGUGAGACUCUUUGUUCUCCUGGACCAAAUGUUCUGCUGCUGUUAGUGAAACCUUCUGAUUUCACUGAGGAGAACAGACGAACACUGAAGUUCAUCCUGAGUCUGUUUGGUCCAGAUGCUUUUAAACACUCGAUGGUCGUCAUGACAGAGAAGAAGAGAGGAACACAACACACUGUCAACAAGCUGCUUCAAGACUGUGGAGGAAGACUCUACAACAUGUUUGAAGAUAAACACCAACUGUUGAUGCAGAAGAUUGAGAACAUUGUGCGUGAAAACAAAGAAACCUUCCUCACCUUCUCUGAAGAGCCUGAACACAUGAAACCAGCUUUAAACCUGGUUCUGUGUGGGAGGAGAGGAGCAGGGAAGACUUCAGCAGCCGAGGCCAUUUUAGGUCAGACAGAGCUUCAUUCAGUCUCCAGCUCAUCAGAGUGUGUUAAACAUCAGGGAGAGGUGAGAGGACGUCAGGUUUCCCUGGUGCAGCUUCCUGCCUUGUAUGGAAAACCUCAGGAGGAAGUGAUGAAGGAAUCACUCAGGUGUAUCUCCCUCUGUGAUCCUGAGGGCGUCCAUGCCUUCAUCCUGGUCCUACCUGUGGGUCCCCUCACUGAUGACGACAAGGGAGAGUUAAAGACCAUCCAGAACUCAUUCAGCUCUCCAGUCAAUGACUUCACCAUGAUUCUGUUCACUGUGGAGUCAGAUCCUGCAGCUCCAGCUGUUGUUGACUUUAUAAGAAAGAGCAGAGACAUCCAGGAGCUGCUUCAGAGCUGUGGAGGAAGAUCUGUUGUUGUCAACAUCAAGGACAAACAGCAGAUCUCUGAGAUGUUGGAGACUGUGGACAAGAUGAGACACAAUGAGGACACAACAUGCUGCUACACAACUGAGACAUUUGCUUAUGCUCAAAUAGAAAAGAUCAUUAAACAAGAGCAAAGCCUUCAGUCACUAAACUCUGAGCUUAUUAAUCUGAAAACAAAAAAACAAGGAAAUUGUGAUGAAGAGACUCAGAGUCCAGAGCGUCUCAGGAUCGUGCUGAUAGGAAAGACUGGAAAUGGAAAGAGCUCUACAGGAAACACCAUUCUGGGAAGAAAAGAGUUUAAAGCUGAACCAAGUCAAACAUCAGUCACUAAGUUUUGUCAGAAAGCACAGAGAGAAGUGGACGGUCGUCCUGUUGUUGUGCUCGACACUCCUGGUCUGUUUGACACGACCUUGACUCAUGAAGAAGUUAAUGAGGAGAUGGUGAAGUGCAUCAGUCUUCUGGCUCCAGGACCACAUGUCUUCCUGUUGGUGUUACAGAUCGGCAGAUUCACACCAGAGGAGAAGGAGACAUUAAAUUUAAUCAAGAAAGGCUUCGGGAAGAAUUCUGAAAAGUUCACCAUCAUUCUUUUAACUGGUGGUGACUCACUGCAUGAAGAUGAGGUGUCCAUUGAAGAUUACAUUAAAGAGAAAUGUGAUGAUUCCUUUAAGAAGCUGAUCUCUGACUGUGGAGGAAGAUACCAUGUGUUUAAUAACCGUGAAAAACAAAACCACAGACAAGUCAGUGAGCUGAUAAACAAGAUCGACACCAUGCUGAAGGAAAAUGGAGGCAGCUGCUACACUAAUGAGAUGCUGCAAGAGGCUGAAGCAGCGAUACAGAAAGAAGUGGAGAAGAUCCUGAAGGAGAAGGAAGAAGAGAUGAAGAGAGAGAGGGAGGAACUAGAAAGAAAACAUGAGGAAGAGAUGCAAAAAAUGAAAUGUAGAAUGGAAGAACAAAGAACAGAGAUUGAACAGGAGAGAAAACAGAGAGAUAAACAACUCAAGGAAAAAGAGAAAAACAUACAGAAGGAGCGUGAACAGAGAAACAAAGAAAAGGAGAAGAGAGAAGAGGAGGACAGGAAGAAGAAAGAGCAGGAAGAAAUCCAAAGACAGGAGUGGAAGGAAAAACUUGAAGCUUUGGAGAAAAAAAUAAAAUCAGAAUCCAAAGAAAAAGAAACAAUUGAUAAAGAGUUGGUGCAGAGUAGAGAAGAAAUGAGAAAAGAAAGAGAGAACUGGGAGAGGGAAAGAACUGACUGGUGGGACAAACGAAAUCGUGACGCCAAGAAAAGCCGACAGAAGGAGAAAACUAAAAUUCAAAAGCUCCAAGAAGAAUAUGAAGUGGAAAAAGAAAAAUAUGAAAAGAAAAGAAAAGAAGAAGAUCGAAUCAGAAGAGAACAAGAAGAGAAGGAGAGAAAAGAAUUCGAGGAAAACUAUAAGAAAAAACUGGAGGAAAUGAGGAAGAAAUAUGAAGAAGAGGCCAGAAAACAAGCUGAAGAAUUCAAUGAGUUCAGACAGAAAUACAUGAAAGACUUUGAAGCUCUGAUGGAAAAACAUGAUGAAGAACUCAAGACUCUGAAGCAUCAACAUGAGAAAGAAAUACAAGAGACAGAGGAGACACACAGCAAAGAGUACAAUCUGUUACACAAUCUCUCCAGUCACAAAGAAAAGGAACUGAAAGAAGAAAUUGAACGAAAAGAAAAAUUAGUUCAAGAUGAAAUGAAUGAAAAAACAAAAGUAAAAGAUGAAAUGAAGGACCAAGAAAAACAACUCAGAGAACUGGAGGACUUGAAGAAAAAGCAACAACAAGAAAUAAAUGAUCUGAAGAAGAAUUACAAAAAGAAAUGCACCAUCUUAGUUUUCAUUUCAGUGUCGGAGCUGAGGGUUGUUGUGCUGGGAAACAGCUGCUCCGAGAGGAGUUUGGUGUGGAACUUAAUACUAGGAAAGACUGAGGUCACAAAUGAAGAACAACACAGUAGUCUCAGAGCCAGUGGAUUUUUGGAGGAGAAAGAAAUAGUUCUCAUCAACACCCAAGAUCUGCCACUUCCCAACAUCUCUGAAGACAAACUAAGAAAAUAUGUAGAGAACUGUGCGAGUCUCUCUGAUCCUGGACCUCAUGUGUUCCUGCUGGUUCUGCAGCCUGAAGACUUCACUGAGGAACAGAAACUGAAGCUCUGCAGAGUCCUGAAACUCUUCAGUGAUCAAUCAUUUGAUCAUUCACUGGUUCUGAUAUCAACACCAGCAGAGGAGAGGUCAGGUUUCAUGGAACAAUACAUGCAGCAUCCACCCUUAAAAGACAUGAUCAGAAAAUGUAAAAACAGGUUUUUGUGGCAGAAGAACCUUGAACUUGACGAGCUCUUAACACGCUUCAGCCAAAUUGUGAAAGAAAACGACGGAGAUCAUGUGAUCUGUGAUUUAUUUCAGCUCACAAAGUCUGAUUUACCUCUUGAUCAUGAAAGCCUGAACAAUCUGGAAAGAUCUGCUGAUUUGGACCCUGUUAAACCUGGGUGGAUAUCUUUAAUGGAAGCUACAAAAAUCUUACCAGCUGGCUUAAACCAAACACAUCACAGAACCCAUCACCAGUGGAAUUUUAUGGAGGGAUUUAAGAGGGAGGCCGAAGAGGAGAGAGUUACAGUAAUCCAGACGGGAAGUGACGAGGCUGUGGACAAAGAUGGCGGCAGUGUGGGGGUGACAGAUGAUCUGCAACCAGUGAAGCGCAGCAGCAGCUGUCCACAUCUGCCUCCUUACAUGACAGAUGAUCUGCAACCAGUGAAGCGCAGCAGCAGCUGUCCACAUCUGCCUCCUCACAUGUCUGAGCUGAGGGUUGUUCUGCUGGGGAACAGCUGGUCUGAGAGGAGUUCAGUGGGGAACCUCAUACUGAGAAAGACUGUUUUCAACACUGAGGAAGAAGCAGACUGCUGUCUGAGAGUCAGAGGACCAUUGAAGGAGAAACACAUAGUUCUCAUCAACACCCCAGAUCUGCUUCAUCCCAACAUCUCUGACCACAAACUGACAGAACAUGUGAGAAACUGUGUGAAACUCUCUGAUCCUGGACCUCAUGUGUUCCUGCUGGUUCUGCAGAUCGGGAGUUUUACACCGGAGGAGAAAGAGUCUGUGAAACUGAUCAAGAAAUAUUUUGGGAGAAAGUCUGGAGAUUUCAUCAUCAUUAUAUUCACCAGAGGAGAUGAACUGAAAGAUCAGUCAUUUGAGAGUUACCUUAAAGAUUGUGACGUCUUUGUCAAACAACUAAUAAACGACUGUGGAGGAAGAUAUCAGGUCUUUAAUAACAAAGAUGAAACAAACCGCACACAAGUCCAGGAGCUGCUGACCAAGAUCGAAACCAUGGUGACGCAAAAUGGUGGCAGCUGCUUCACUGCUGAGAUGUUUGAUGACACAGAGGAAUCCACAAAAAUACAAGUGGAGAGGAUGAGGAAAGAGAAGGAAGAAGAGAUGAAGGAGAUGAAGAGAAAACAUGAGGAAGAAUUGAAAACACUGAGAAGAGAAAUUGAACAGGAGAAAGAACUAAGAGCAAAACAGCUGAAGGAGAAAGACGAACGCAUCAACAAGGACUGUGAGGAGAGAAAGAAAGAACGAGAUGAAGAUGAAAAGAGAUGGAAAAAACAAGAAGAAACUCUACAACAGGAAUGGAGAGGAAAACUGGAAGCUUCAGUUCAGUCAGAAAGAGAGCAAAAGGAAACUGCUGAGAGGAAUCUGGAGCAGAGUAGAAGAGUUGUAGAAGAGAUGAAGAGAGAUCGAGAGGUCUGGGAUAAAGAAAGAAAGGACAUGUGGGAACGAAUGCAGAACCUAAACCAGGAGGAAGAGAAAACAAGACUCAGAGAGGAGUGCCAUCUGUCUGAGCUGAGGGUUGUUCUGCUGGGGAACAGCUGGUCUGGGAGGAGUUCAGUGGUGAACUUCAUACUGGGAGUGACUGUGUUCGACACUGAGGAAGAACCACACCGCUGUCAGAGAUUCAGUGGACAGCUGAAGGAGAAACACAUAGUUCUCAUCAACACCCCAGAUCUGCUUCAUUACAACAUCUCUGAACACAAACUGACUGAGAUUAUAGAAAACUGUGUGAGUCUCUCUGAUCCUGGACCUCAUGUGUUCCUGCUGGUUCUAAAGCCUGAAGACUUCACUGAGGAACAGAAACUGAGGCUCUGCAGAGUCCUGAAACUCUUCAGUGAUCAAUCAUUUGAUCAUUCACUGGUUCUGAUAUCAACACCCAGAGGGAGGAGUUCAGGUUCCAUUGAAAACUAUAUGCAACAUCCACCGUUAGGAGACUUUAUCAGAAAAUGUAAAUCCAGGUUGUUGUGGCUCAAGAGCCUUGAACAUCAACAGCUGUUAACACAUCUGGAUCUGGUGGUGAAGGGGAACAAUGGAGAUCAUGUGAGCUGUGAUGUUUUCAAAGAUGCAUCAUCAGUCUCAUGGAGGGGUCAUCAAGGAGAAGGAGUCAGUGUCAAGCUGGAUCCUGCUAAAGCUCCAGGUCCAGGAUAUUCCAUGUCAGGUUCACUGUAUUCACCAAGAAACUACUUCCCCAACUUUGUGAAAUCUUGGUCUACAUCACAGACUCCUUCAUCAGUCCAAAGCACAAGCCAUCAGUUGUCUGGACUCAGGAUUGUUCUGGUGGGAAAAAGUGACGACAAAAAGUCAAAGCUGUGUGACAUCAUCCUAAAGAAUCUGAGUUCUCGUCUCCAAAAACAACGUGAGGUCAUCAGUGGAGAGUGGAGAGGAAGACCAUUAACAGUGGUGAAAGCUCCAGACAUGUUCAGUCUGUUUGUGGAAGCAGUGAGAGAAGAGGUGAAGAAGUGUGAGACUCUUUGUUCUCCUGGACCAAAUGUUCUGCUGCUGUUAGUGAAACCUUCUGAUUUCACUGAGGAGAACAGACGAACACUGAAGUUCAUCCUGAGUCUGUUUGGUCCAGAUGCUUUUAAACACUCGAUGGUCGUCAUGACAGGGAAGAAGAGAGGAACACAACACACUGUCAAUCAGCUGCUUCAAGACUGUGGAGGAAGACUCUACAACAUGUUUGAAGAUAAACACCAACUGUUGAUGCAGAAGAUUGAGAACAUUGUGCGUGAAAACAAAGAAACCUUCCUCACCUUCUCUGAAGAGCCUGAACACAUGAAACCAGCUUUAAACCUGGUUCUGUGUGGGAGGAGAGGAGCAGGGAAGACUUCAGCAGCCGAGGCCAUUUUAGGUCAGACAGAGCUUCAUUCAGUCUCCAGCUCAUCAGAGUGUGUUAAACAUCAGGGAGAGGUGAGAGGACGUCAGGUUUCCCUGGUGCAGCUUCCUGCCUUGUAUGGAAAACCUCAGGAGGAAGUGAUGAAGGAAUCACUCAGGUGUAUCUCCCUCUGUGAUCCUGAGGGCGUCCAUGCCUUCAUCCUGGUCCUACCUGUGGGUCCCCUCACUGAUGACGACAAGGGAGAGUUAGAGACCAUCCAGAACUCAUUCAGCUCUGCAGUCAAUGACUUCACCAUGAUUCUGUUCACUGUGGAGUCAGAUCCUGCAGCUCCAGCUGUUGUUGACUUUAUAAGAAAGAGCAGAGACAUCCAGGAGCUGCUUCAGAGCUGUGGAGGAAGAUCUGUUGUUGUCAACGUCAGGGACAAACAGCAGAUCUCUGAGCUGUUGGAGGCUGUGGACAAGAUGAGACACAUCAACAAACCAUGCUGCUACACAACAGAAACAUUUGCUUAUGCACAAAUAGAAAAGAUCAGACAACUUCAGUCACUAAACUCUGAGCUUAUGGAUCAGACAACAAAAAACAAGGGCAGUUGUGAUGAAGAGACUCAGAGUCCAGAGUGUCUCAGGAUCGUGCUGAUAGGAAAGACUGGAAGUGGAAAGAGCUCUACAGGAAACACCAUUCUGGGAAGAGAAGAGUUUGAAGCUGAAUCUGGUCAAACAUCAGUCACUAGAUGUUGUCAGAAAGCACAGAGUGAAGUGGACGGUCGUCCUGUUGUUGUGGUCGACACUCCUGGUCUGUUUGACACGACCUUGUCCCAUGAACAGGUGAAUGAGGAGAUGGUGAAGUGCAUCAGUCUUCUGGCUCCAGGACCACAUGUCUUCCUGUUGGUGUUACAGAUCGGACGACUCACACCAGAGGAGAAGGAGACACUGAAACUCAUCAAGGAAGUCUUUGGGAAGAAUUCUGAGAAAUUCAUCAUCAUUCUUUUCACAAGAGGAGAUACGCUUAAGCGCGAGAAGCGGUCCAUUGAUGAGUACAUUGGAAAAAAAUGUGAUGAAUCCUUUAAGAAGCUGAUCUCUGACUGUGGAGGAAGAUACCAUGUGUUUAAUAACUAUGAUGAACACAAUCGUACACAAGUCAGUGAGCUGAUAAACAAGAUCGACACCAUGCUGAAGGAAAAUGGAGGCAGCUGCUACACUAAUGAGAUGCUGCAAGAGGCUGAAGCAGCGAUACAGAAAGAAAUGGAGAAGAUCCUGAAGGAGAAGGAAGAAGAGAUGAAGAGAGAGAGGGAGGAACUAGAAAGAAAACAUGAGGAAGAAAAGGAAGACAUGAAAAGAAGAAUGGAUGAACAGAGAGCAGAAAUGGAACAUGAGAGAAAACUGAAAGACAAACAACUUAAAGAAAUGGAGGAAAACAUAAAGAAGGAGCGUGAAGAGAGAAAGAAAGAACAGGAAGAGAGAGAAGAAGAAGAGAGAAAGUGGAAAAAGCAAGAUGAUAUUCAGCGACAGGAGUGGGAACAAAAACUGGAAGCUAUGGAGAAAAAAAUCAAGACUGAAUCACAGGAAAAAGAAACCAUUGACAAAAAACUGGAGCAAAGUAGAAAAGAGUUGAAUGAAAAAAGAGAAGCCUGGGAGAAAGAACGAAAAGAGUGGUGGGAAAAACGAAACCAGGAAAACGAACAACGACACAAGGAGGAAGAAAAACAUAAAAAGCUCCAAGAAGAAUAUGAACAGCAAAGAGAAAAAUAUGAAAAUGAGAGGAAAGAAGAAGUUCGAAUCAGACAAGAACAAGAAGAGAAGGAGAGAAAAGAAUUAGAGGAAAAAUAUGAGGAAAAAAUGGAGGAAAUGAAGAAAAAUUAUGAAGCGGAGGCCAGAAAACAAGCUGAAGAGUUCAAUGAGUUCAAAGAAAAGAAGGAGAAGGACUUUGCAGCUCUGAUAGAGGAACAUGUGAAGAAAGUGAUGGAUCUGAAGAAACAGCAUGAUAACAACAUGAAGGAGAAACAGGAAGAAUAUGACAGCUUAAAGGAUCUCUCAGAACACAAAGAAACACAUCUGAAACAAGAAAUCCAGCAGCUGGACAAACUGCAGGACAAACACAAAGGAGAAUUGACUGACUUGGUCCUGCUGCUUCUGACCCAAAAGAAAGAAUAUAAGGAUGAAAGGACGAAAUUGCAGGAAACACACAAAGAAGAGAUGACUGAUCUUGGAAAUUAUCUUAAAAAACAAGAAGAGAGGAAACAAAAGCAGGAAACUGAAGAAUUAGAACAAAAUCACAAACAAGAAAUUGAAGAUUUGGAGAAGGAGGUCUCAACCCAAAGCAAAAAAGAUCAGAGUAAAAAAAAGGCUGUCUUGUCGUCCAGACAUCAACAAGAAAUGAAGGAGCUGAAACAAAAACUUGUGACCCAGCAGGAAGAAAUUCGGAAGAAACAGAUGGAUGAAUUACAGGAACGACAUGAGAAAGAAAUUAAUGAAUUAAAACAUAAAGUUUUAAGUGAUAGUAACAAAGAACAGAAAGAAGAUGUUGGUGAGUUGGAGAAGAAACAUAAUGAAGAGAUCACUAGAUUCAUUGAGCAUCUCAAGACCCAAGAUGGAUGCUGUCUGAAAGAAAUAGAUGAAAAGGAGAAAAACUAUAAGAAAGAAAUGAAUGACCUGAAAGAAAAACUUCUUUUGACUCAGGAGGAGAAGGGAUGGUGUUCAUUAAUGUGAGAUUUGUUAUUAUUUCCCAACUGUUUCAACUGCAGUCUGGAUUGUAUUUUUCAUUUACAUAAUGUUGGUUGUUUUGUGGUUUGUUUUUUAAUGUUCCUACACAUUCAGCAGGUACAUAUAUAUAUAUCUAUAUCCAGGUGUGUACUUGUUAAGUAAAUGUUACAUACAAAAACAAUGGAGUUAAGGGGUACUCUAACAAAACUGAUUGCGUAUAGAUAAGAAUGGUACCUAAUGUUUAAUGGUCAGAGAUACAAAAUGUUGGAGUCUACAUGUUUGAAAAACUUGAUAAUCUCAGUAAAUCACAUGAUUUGAGUUCUUUUUUGUUCUAUAAUAAUUAAUUCUAUAGGAUAUAAAACUUCUUCAGUUUGGUGAGAUGUAUUAUUGUCUCCCAGCUUUUUAACUGCAGUCUGGAUUGUAUUUUUUAUUUGCAUGGUGUUGGUUGUUUCAGCUGGUGGGGGAUUUGUUCUUUUUUUUGUAUGUUCAUAAUUUUUAAUGUCAUUUCAUUUGAUCAUUUUCCUGCUGUAAGGUUAUGAAUCUUACUCACUGGACAUCUUUGAAUAUUCAAUGCUCAUGGCCAGGGUAUGUAUUUGUAUUUGUAUGUGUAUAGAAUCAGAUGUGUCCAUAAUCAUGAAACAAUAUCUGUCACCUUGAUUUCUUUUUUGUUCUUCUUGUGUAAAGAUUGCUCAGUUGGAACUGUAUUAUUUUAAUAAACCUCUAAAACUG